AUGGACGUCGAUGUCACAUACAAUGGUGAUGCGCAGGUGAAAGUAACAAUCAAAAAUGUCACUUUGGGAAUCUCCGAUUUUCAAAUACACGGCUCGCUUCGGAUUAUCUUAAAACCUCUUAUCUCCGAUCAAACUAUCGUCGGCGGUGUGACGCUAUUUUUUCUCAAGAGGCCCAGAAUCGCUUUCAAUUUGACAAACUUGUUGAAUGUGUUAGAUUUUCCCGGAUUAAAGACAACUUUGCGUGGCAUUGUUGAUGACGUCAUCGCUAGUUUUGCAGUUUUGCCCAAUAGGAUUACGAUACCCUUGGCUGAGAGCGUGGACCUUAGCGAUCUGCAGUACCCAAUCCCGGAGGGCCUUCUACGUGUGCAAAUUCUGGAAGCGCGGGAACUGGUAAAGUCUGAUUUUUCACUGAUUGGCGGAGGUGCUCCCGACCCUUACGUCAUCAUGGAAGUUGGCGCGCAAAAGUUUCGCACUGAAACGAAGAACAAUACUUCAAAUCCGGCGUGGGAGGAAACCUUUGAGUCAUUCAUAGACAAUUCCAUUGGCCAAGAAUUAGAAAUCUACCUCUACGACCGUGAUAUUGCUUCGAAAGAUUCUAAAAUUGGAAGUGUCGAUAUUAAAAUUGGUUCUGUGGUGGAGGAUGGCGUCCAAGAAAUCUGGCUGCCUUUAGAAAAAGCCAAACAGGGAAAGAUCCAUUUGAACCUGGAAUGGUUUUCUCUGAGCAGUGAUCCACUGCAUUUUAGAUAUACCAAGGGAAAGGAGUCCGUAGCUGUGCUGUUUGUUAAACUGAUCAAAGCGCAAAAUCUCCCAACCUCAUCCAGGUUAGCUGUGACAAGAAAAGUUUUCUGUAAGGUAUCCGUCGGAGAUACAACGCUAAACAGUUUUCUUGCGCACGGAGAUGAAACGGUCUGGGGGCAGUCUUUACGAUUUCUACUUACAGAUCCCCACGAAGAGGCCCGUAUUGAAGUCAUGGAUGGUAACGAAAACAGGAGCAUGGGAUCUAUGGUAUUCUCUGUUCGAAAGCUGAUAGAGGAACCAGAAAUGGCUCUACAAGACUCUUUCCGGCUGAAUAACGAGACCGGAAGUGUUGAGUGCAAGUUCAUCCUUCGCGCAUUGAAGACUUCAGACACCUCCAAUGCACCAAUGCCUUUACACUUUGGCCGGAAGUUUAACGCUUUAAACAACAAUAAAAUCUGUCUCCAGAGAACAGAUACGCCCACAAUGUUACCGGAAGUGGAUGGUCAAGAUGAUCCACCUACCUCCACUUGCGCCGAGAGCGACAGCAGCAGAGCCGCCGAGAAAACGUCUGGUAGCAGUUCCGGUUCCGGUUCGUCUCCCAGUGGAAGCAUCGUAGGUGACACGUCUAACGGGCAAAGUCCCGAGGCUUCGGUUAGGGAUUAUAUGUCCCGGGGAGAAAUAUCAUUGUGGCUUAUAUACGAUCAUCGUAGAAACAGAUUGGUUGUCACUGUACUCAGUGCAAAGGAACUUGUGUCAUCAGAACCUUUGUCCAAAACGAAUCCUUACGUACAGAUAAAUCUGCUACCCUCUCGCUCCAAGAAAUCGAUUCGCAAGACGGAUUUUUACGCCGGGAGUCUGAAUCCCGUUUUUAACGAAACUUUUGAAUACGUUAUCGGUCUUGACCAGUUGAGCAGUAAGUACUUGGAAGUGAUCAUCAAAAAUGAGAGAUUUGUCCAGUUGCCCAGGAAACGCAGGGAUCUGAUUGGGUCUACUACAAUCAAUCUUUGCGAGUUGAGUCUGUCCGCUGGUGUGACAAUGAACUGCGAGUUAACAAAAUGAAAAUCUUAGCUUAGUGUGCGACUUCCAGAAAACCCUAGCGGAUGGUUCCACCCAAAUGGAAGCGAGACACGAUGCGUCAAUGGUGAUUAUCAGCAACAAAUACUCUUCAAGAGCACUGGGGACGAGUCGAGGAUGUUGUUAACACUAUAACACAAAAUCUGUCGAAUGACUAUCAGCAAAAACAGAUUUAGAUUCUCUUAACUUAUUUAAUUUAUGAGGCAAAUUCGUUUUUUUCUUUUUUAUCAUAAAAGAAUGAUCUCCCUAAUAAUUUCUUUAUCGCAAAAUAUGAUAAUAGUCAGUGCUCUUUUGGAAUUUAGCCGAAGCCAAAUAAGUUAUUGUUAUCUUGUGUAGCUGUAAUCCAUGUCCACUUUGUAAACAUUUGUUGCACUCGAUUCCACUUAAGUAUUGGGUUACUAUUCUUCAUCUGAGAGACGAAUUAACCGUCAGAUUCUUACUUAUCGCUUCUAGCAACGUAACGAAUGUUUGCGAGGAACCAGGAAACGAAUCCAUUGAUUUGUAUUAGACGACAAAUUUAAUUAAUUCCAUCGCAAGCUCAAAUAACUCGAUUCAACAUCAUCAUGAUAACUGAUACUAUACUUUUAAUAAUUAGUUAUGACUCACAUGACUAUACGUUUUAUGCAAUUGAGACUUGAGGAAUGAAAGUCGGACGCUUCUUUGCUGUAUUGUGACCCGACGGUAAUUAAAGAGCCAUCGCCUUCCAACAAACUAAAAAGGGGGCACAUUCUCUGUAUCAGAUAAGGCUUGUGAUAACAUACAUAAAAAAAUCAGGCGCGUCUGAUUGGUUGAAAACGAGUGCAUUUUUCGUGUAACACGUGCGCAAAUUACAAAUAGUGCUGACAAAAUUUCGUCCGUCUGAACUUUUGUGAUGUGUUUUUCAGGUAAAUUAUUAACGAGUAACAACAGGAUUUCUUGUGCAACUUGAUCUAACUUAGCACUUAUAAAUUUUUUCAAACACGACAAAUCGCACUCGAAAUCAUGUUGUUACCUAUACUUAUAUAUUUCGAAUAUAUUUAUAUUAGGGCGUUCUAGAGCGAGAGAGUGCCAAAAUGAGAAGGGGUUCGAGAUAAGGUAGUUCGCGUGAUCCUUCAGAGAAGCGCAAACUGAAAAAAAUAUUCUCCUUAAAACCUCAAGAAUAUUGAGAAGGAAUUCUCAAUGAAAAAAAAAGUUUGUACCAUUGGUAACCCAAGGGCCUAGAGAUCGUAAACAAGUGUAUUGAUGAACAGUAAUUGUUAUGACAACAUUAAUAAUUAUGAUAAUUUAUAACAGCAAGAAUAGUAAUAAUAACAAGAAUGAUAAUGAUAAUGAUUAUAAUAAUUAUUGCCACACCAAGAGUGAAAAUUAUGCGUUGAUUAAUUUCUUGUUUCAAUUCUUCCCCCCUUCACCUCCACGGGUAUUCCGACCGUGCCAGUGAGGGUGGGAAAUUUGAACCUUGCCUGAGUAGGGCGGGGAAUUUGAACCAAAAGUGUCAAGUAUUUACAGCGGAGGUGUUUUAAGGUAAAGUGUCCACUUUUGCGAUAGCAUGGCUCAGAAGGAAAAGUGUAACAGGUCUAGGUUUUAAAGUUUAAAUAUUUAAAUCAGUUGCUGGUCAAUAAGUGGAAAGUUUUACCUUUUACGAAAAGCAAACCAAUCCCCGAAUUAAAAAUACUCUUUUGACCUUGUCUGUUUGGGAUUUUUUUAAUUACCUAUGAAGAGUCGCGUUUUUUUCCCGAUAAUAUCCCGUUUGGAAUGAGCAAAAUAGACUCCUAACCAAAAUUUCAGACUUCUUUGUAGAAAGCAUCUCGAUGGACAGGCAGCCCAAGCUCCAGCUGGGAGAUGAUCAUCUUGCGAAAUAGGAGUCGUGGCGAAAUUACAAGAGUUAGUGUGGAGAUGUUUACGACCGCACUAAGGAACAAAAAGAUACAGUCAAACUCUCAAUAAAAUACCUCCCCUUACUUCCACAGUGAUCGCUUGUUAUCUGACGGUUUAAAAUGUUAAAAAGAACCCAUUUUAGCGAGUUAUCCAUAUUCGAUGCACUGUGGAAGUAAGGUGAUCAGCGCUUAGCUGAAGCUUGGGCUACCUGUGCUUAAUGUCACGCGAAACCUAGUUGGAGCCAGUCUAUAAUAAAAAUAGCACCUGCACCAUGGAAGUAAGGUAUUUUUGUUGAGAAUUUGACUGUACCUUUUUAUUCCUAGGAGUGGUCGUAAAUAUCCCUAUUCAAACUCUUAUAAUUUCGCCAUGACUCCUAUUUCGCAAGAUGAUCAUCCCACAGCUAGAGCAUGGGUGGCCUGUGCUCGAUGUCACGCAAAACCUAGUUGGAUCCAGUCCACAAAUAUAAAUAACGUCUGGUUCAAAGUACAUUGGAAAAUCAGUCUGCUUCGUCACGAUGGAGUCUAAGUUAACUGCUUCUUAUUUGUCAUCUAUUUUUUUCAUACUUUCUCUCAGCUUCUGCUCAUCUAAAUACACUGCUGCGGUGUACGAACACGUUACGUUCUUUGUAAUGGAAAACAAGACAGAGGUAACUCGCUCUGGAGCUUUGGAAAUCAUGAAGAAAAAUCUCGCUGUUUUCGAGACGAAAGCUGUCUUGGCGAAAUCUAAGGGGGCAGAGAUCAUAGUUUUCCCGGAAGAUGGAAUAUAUGGUUUCGAUUACACCCGUGAACAGAUACUUCCCUUUUUAGAAGUCAUUCCAAAUCCUUCCCAACUGGAGAAGAGCUGGAAUCCCUGCAAAGAUCCAGCCCGCUAUAGCAACAUUGAAGUGUUAAGAGAACUAAGCUGUAUCGCUCAAAACUCUUCCAUUGCAGUGGUAGCCAAUAUGGGUGAUGUGCAGUACUGCGAAAAGUCAGAUCCUCACUGUCCGGGAGAUGGCAGAUACCAGUUUAAUACAGAUGUUGUGUUCGAUACGGAUGGUACAUUGCUAGCAAAAUAUCACAAACAGCACCUGUUUCACGAGAAAGCGUUCAACACUCCCCAAAAACCGGAAAUCGUAAUUUUUAAGACAUCAUUUGGAGUCAAGUUUGGUGUGUUUACUUGCUUCGACAUGGUCUUCCGUGAUCCAGCGAUUGAACUUGUGGAAAAGUAUGGCAUACGGAACAUUGUCUUUCCAACUGCUUGGAUGGAUGGCUUUCCUAUCAUGGCUUCAGUUGAAUAUCAACAGGCAUGGUCAAGAUUGACAUGUGUCAAUCUCUUAGCAGCCAAUCAGCAUUUCCCUCUUGCAGAUAUGGUAGGAAGUGGAAUUUACUCUUGUGGAGAUCCAUUAUCGUAUGUGUAUGAUAUGAAGACAUUUGAAGGACAUCUUCUUGUUGCGCAGUUACCAGAUUUAAAUCAAGAAUGCUACCAGCAACCUUGUCAAUCAGUCUCACUUCCAUCAACAAAAAAUGAUGACUUCAAGCAAGAAGGAUGGCAAGAAGGAGUGCCGUUCCAUUCCAAGUUGAUGAAUGACAUGUACACAUUUGUCAAACUUGACAGUGCUGAGGCUCAGGUCUCAGUCUGUGGGAGUGAGCUUUGUUGCCAUGCAAGCUACCUUACACAAAGUCAAAAGCCUUUCAGUGGAGAAAUGUUUGCAUUAGGAGCUUUCAAUGGUCACCAUGACCCAGAGGGUUACAUACUCCAGGCUUGUGUUUUGAUAAAAUGCUCCAGCAUGGAGGAGUCAUCCUGUGGUACUGCCACUCAGACUUCAUCAACUGUAUUCAAAUCAUUUCAUCUGAUGGGGAACUUUUCAACAAAGGCUUAUGUUUUUCCAGCUGUUCUGGCUUCCGAUGUGGAACUUAUACCAGCUGAGGUAAUGUCGAUAUCAGGAAAUGUUAUGAGUGUAGCCUCCUUUAACAAGCCUCUAGUAUCAGCUGUUCUUGUUGGUCGAGUUUUUGAAACUGAUCAUGUUGAAAAUUAG